AUGAGUCAGCAGGCAGGGAGGGAUAGAGUCAGUGCCGAUGGUCCUACCUGCCCGUGUUACAAAAAAAUCUGCCUCCCCCACCAAACCCCGAAUUCUCAGCCUCGUAUCAACAUGGAAGAAAAUAGACUGCUCACCUUUUCCAGCUACGGACUCCAGUGGUGUCUCGAAGAGCUAGACAAGGAAGAAUUUCAGACAUUUAAGAAAUUGCUCAAGAAGACAUCUUCAGAGUCGACCACAUGCACUAUUCCACAGUCUGAAAUAGAGAAUGCCAAUGUGGAAUGCCUGGCACUCCUCUUGCAUGAGUAUUACGGGCGGUCGCUUGCCUGGUCCACAGCCAUUAGCAUCUUGGAAACCAUGAACCUGCGAACACUCUCCGAGAAGGCAAGGGAUGACAUGAAACUACAUUUACCAGAAGAUCUUCGACCGAGAGCGACUUACCAGGGGCCAAACAAGAAGGAAGUGCCAGAAAUUUCACAAGCUAUGAAACAAGAUAGUGCCACAGCUUCAGAGGCAGAAGAACAAGAAAUCUCACAAGCUAUAGACCAAGGUGCCACAGCAGCAGAGACAGGAAAACAAGAAAUUUCACAACCUACGGAACAAGAAGGUGCCACGGCAGCAGAGACAGAAGAACGAGGCCCCAGAGGUGACACAUGGGACUACAAGUGUCACAUGAUGACGAAAUUCACUGCGAAGGAGGAUGUGCCCUGUGGUUUUGAAAAACCUGCUGCUGACUGGCUGGAAAUGCAAAUGCUGGUUGGUGCCUUCGGUGCAGACCAGUGGGGCUUCCGGCCCCACACGGUGGUUCUGCAUGGGAAGUCGGGAAUUGGAAAAUCGGCUCUGGCCAGGAGGAUCGCGCUGUCCUGGGCGGAAGGUCGACUCUUCCAGAAUCUGUUCUCCUACGUCUUCUUCCUUCCCGUUAGAGAGGUGCAGCGGAGGAAGGAGGCCAGCCUCGCAGAGCUCAUCUCCAGGGAGUGGCCAGACUCCCAGGUUCCUGUGACGGAGAUCAUGUCCCAGCCGGAAAGGCUGCUGUUCAUCCUUGAUGGUUUUGACGACCUGGGCUCCGACGUCCACAGUGACACGAAGCUCUGCAAAGCCUGGGCUGAGAGGCAGCCCACGGGCACCCUCAUACACAGUCUGCUGAGGAAAGUCCUGCUCCCCGAGUCCUUCCUGAUCGUCACCGUCCGAGACGUGGGUGUUGAGAGGCUCAAGUCGCAGGUGGUGUCCCCCCGUUACCUGCUUGUGAGAGGAAUCUCCGCAGAAAGAAGAAUCCACCUGCUCCUGGAGCACAGGACCGGGGAGCAUCGGAAGGCACAGGUGGUACGUGCCAUGAUGAGCGACCGUGGGCUGUUCGACCAGUGCGAGGUGCCCGCCGUGGGCACGCUGGUCAGUGUGGCUCUGCAGCUGCAGGACAUGGAGGGGGAGGGUGGCCUCACCCUCACCAGCUUGUAUGCCACCUUCGUGUUCCAUCAGCUCACCCCUCGAGACGUGGCCCAGCGCUGUCUUGACCCGGAAGAAAGGGCCGUCCUGAAGCGCCUGUGCCGCGUGGCUGUGGAAGGAGUGUGGAAUAUGAAAUCCGUGUUUGACAGCGACGACCUCUUGAUGCACGGUCUCGGGGAGUCUGAGCUCCGUGCUCUGUUGGGCAUGGACAUCCUUCUCCGGGAUGGCCGCUGUGAGGAGGAGCACUUCACAUUUCUCCACCUCAGCCUCCAGGACUUCUGUGCGGCCCUGUACUACGUGUUAGAGGGGCUGGACGUCGAGCCAGCGCCCUGUCCGCUGUUCAUGGAGAAAGGGAAGAGGUCGGUGGAGCUGAAACAGGUGGGCUUCCACAGCCACCUGCUACGGAUGAAGCGUUUCUUGUUCGGCCUGAUGAAUGAAAACGUGAGGAGGCCGCUGGAGGUCCUGCUGGGCUGCCCCAUGCCCCUGGGGGUGAAGCAGAAGCUUCUGCACUGGGUGUCUCUGUUGGGUCAGCAGACCAAGGCCACCACCCCAGCUGACACCCUGAAUGCCUUCCACUGCCUUUUCGAGACUCAAGACCAAGAGUUUGUUCGCUCGGCGUUAAACGGCUUUCAGGAAGUGUGGCUUCCGAUCUGCCAGAACAUAGACUUGACGGCGUCUUCCUUCUGUCUCCAGCACUGUCUGAAUCUGCGGAAAAUUCGGGUGGAUGUCAAGGGGGUCUUCCUAAGGGACGAGUCGGCUGAGGCAUGGCCUGUGGUUCCUCAAUGGAUGCAGGGUAAGACCCUCAUUGAUGAGCAGUGGGAGAAUUUCUGCUCCGUGCUUGGCACCCAUCCUCACCUGCAGCAGCUGGACCUGGGCAGCAGCGUCCUGACCGAACGGGCCUUGAAGACCUUGUGUGCCAAGCUGAGGCCUCCCGCCUGCCAGAUACAGAAGCUGAGGUUGAGAAACACACAGAUGACCCCUGGUCUGCAGCACCUCUGGAGAACCCUCAUCGCCAACCGUAACCUAAGAUCCCUCAGCUUGGGAAGUGCCCACCUGAAGGAAGAGGAUGUCAGGAUGGCGUGUGAAGCCUUAAAACACCCCAGAUGUAUGUUGGAGUCUUUGAGGCUGGAUUGCUGUGGACUGACCCUUGCCUGUUACCUGAAGAUCUCGAAGAUCCUGACCACCUCCCGCAGCCUGAGCUCCCUGAGCCUGGCAGGAAAUGAGGUGACAGACGAGGGAGUGAAGGCUCUCGGUGAGGUCUUGAAGGUCUCCCAGUGCACCCUGCAGAAGCUGACACUGCAGGACUGCGGACUCACAGCCACGGGCUGCCAGAGUCUGGCCUCAGCCCUCAUCACCAACCACAGCCUGACACACCUGUGCCUUUCCAACAACAACCUGGGGAAUGAAGGUGUGACUCUGCUGUGUCGAUCCUUGAGGCUUCCCCACUGUGGUCUGCAGAGGCUGAUGCUGAAUCACUGCAACCUGGACACAGCUGGCUGCGGCUUUCUCGCACUUACGCUUCUAGGCAAUGCACGGCUGAUGCACCUGAGCCUCAGCAUGAACCCCUUGGAAGACAGCGGUGUGAAGCUUCUGUGCGAGGUCAUGAGAGAACCAUCUUGUCAUCUCCGGGACCUGGAGCUGGUCAGCUGCCGUCUCACUGCUGCGUGCUGUGAGAGUCUGGCCUAUGUGAUCGCGAGGAGCAGAUAUCUGAGGAGUCUGGAUCUCUCCGAAAAUGCCGUGGGUGACGUCGGCGUCGCUGCGCUGUGUGAGGGGCUGAAGCAAAGGAGAAGUGUUCUAAGGAGACUUGGGUUGAAGUCAUGUGGAUUGACUUCUGGUUGCUGUGAGGAACUCUCCUUGGCCCUUUCCUGCAACCGGCAGCUGGCCAGCCUAAACCUGGUACAGAAUGACUUCAGUCCUACAGGAAUGAGGAAGCUCUGUUCAGCCUUUGCAUGUCCCACGUCUAAUCUACAAAUAAUUGGGCUGUGGAAAUGGCAGUACCCUGUGCAAAUCAGGAAGCUGCUGGAGGAAGUGCAACUGCUCAAGCCCCGGAUGGUAAUUGAUGGUAGUUGGUAUUCUUUUGAUGAAGAUGACCGGUACUGGUGGAAAAACUGA